AUGAACAUAGCUGACACCGGAGACAUGUUCGUCAUUAAAUUCGUUCUGCUGACGUAUCGGCUAUUAGGAAUGGCUCCCGUGACGAUCUCUAAAACCCAAUCAUCAAAAUUGAAAUUCUCCCAGUCGUGGACGGGUGCAGUCUACAAUCUCAGUCUGAUCACAGGAGUCUUGACAGAAUGCUCUCGGCAGAUACCAACUAUGCUGGGAGAGAGUUCUAACGACGAGACAUCCUUCUCCCAGAUGUACCGGAAUGUCCUGAUUGUCUCCGGCAACACUUUUCUCGUUAUUCUGCUCCUCAGAUUCUGCCUUUGUCAGCGCAAACUCACCGAAAUUGGGAAUGAAUUAGUCGAAAUGGACAGAUAUCUCGAUCAGCUACCGGGGAUUUAUCACUUGAGAGCUGGAAGGACUUACGUAUUUUUUGUCUUAACAUUGCAUUUGACGAUUAUAAUCACAUACUGUGCUCUUUAUCUAGCCGUUCACCCAAUUAAACCUGCCUUCUUCACAAUGAUUGUUUUCCCCUGCACAGUCAUGAGCUUCUACACCCUCCAAUAUUCCCUCGUUGUAUUCGUCAUCGAGAGACGAUUCACGAGCUUGAACGAAGCUCUUGCGUCUGUGGAAACGAAGACUGUUGGGGUCAAUGACAGAUCAGUCGUCAGCAUCUUUGUGAUCAAACGGGCGUAUGCGAGACUCUAUAGGAUUUGCUCGGAGAUAUCCAACUUCUACGCACCACUGACCGUACUCAUCGUUGUUAAUCUUUCAACGUCACUUCUUUACGAGCUUUAUAAAAUCUUCUUCGGCCUCACUCGACGCAGUUCGGUCCUACCUUCACCAACGAUCAAAUUCAUUCUUGGGUUUCUGUGGAUAUCCGUCCGAAAACUCCCUAUUGUAUUGUUAACGAGCACUGUUAGGAAAUGUCACAUGCAGAUGCAGAUGACUUCUGACGUCGUUCAUAAAUUGCAGGAUAAGUUGGGUGCAUGUCGAGAUGUUAAAUCCGAAUUGAAGAAUUUUAUUACUGAUCUUAUGCAUAGGAGCUUUCAAUUCACGGCUUAUGGGAUGUUUCGCAUCGAUUGCUCACUCCUGAAAUCGAUCGUCAGUACCAUGACAACAUACUUCGUCCUCUUCAUUCAAUUUCAAUUGGCAUCGGACAAAGGGGCGUCAGAAUAA